AUGGUGAACAUCAACUCAGAGACAGGAGAUAUAAUCAGUCUGCAGUCGUUUAACUUCGAGGAGUUAAAAACGUUUCAGUUUAAAGUUCAGGCCACAGACUCUGGUGUUCCUCCRCUCAGCAGCAACGUGACUGUGAACGUUUUUAUCCUGGAUGAGAAUGACAACAGUCCUGCGGUUCUGUCUCCAUAUUCUGAGCACGGCUCCGUUAACAGUGAGAGCAUCCCCUAUUCUGCUGAAGCGGGAUACUUUGUGGCAAAGAUCAGGGCUGUAGACGCAGACUCUGGAUACAACGCGCUGCUUUCUUAUCACCUCUCUGAGCCCAAAGGAAACAACCUCUUCCGGAUCGGAACCAGCACCGGGGAAAUCAGGACUAAGAGGAGAAUGAGUGACAAUGACCUGAAAACUCACCCCUUGGUGGUGCUGGUUUCUGAUAACGGAGAACCCUCCCUGUCAGCUACUGUGUCUAUAGAUGUGGUGGUGGUUGAGAGCACAGCUGACAUCCAGACUCAGUUCAGACAYGUGCCCACAAAGGACGAUGGCUUCUCUGAUUUAAACCUKUAUCUGCUGAUCGGCAUCGUGUCGGUGUCAGUCAUCUUUCUGCUGAGCCUCAUCACUUUAAUAGCUGUGAAAUGCCACAGGACAGACAACAGUUUCAGCAGGUACAGCGCCCCAAUGAUCACCACCCACCCUGACGGGAGCUGGUCUUACUCUAAAGCUACUCAGCAGUAUGACGUCUGCUUCAGCUCAGACACGCUCAAGAGUGACGUAGUGGUUUUCCCCGGACCGUUUCCGCCUGCAGAUGCGGAACUGAUCAGUAUAAACGGAGGAGACACGUAUAACAGGACUCAGACUUUACCGAACAAAGAGAAGCUGCCGGGGAGAAAGCCUUAUAUCGGGACAUAUCUAGUGCUCGUUGUCUUGGAGUAUAACUGGGGAGCGGUAUCCGGGCAGCUCUCCUAUUCCGUCUCAGAGGAGGUAAACCUGGGGACUUCUGUCGGAAAUCUCGCCAAGGAUCUGAGCCUGAACGUUCACGAUUUGGAGUCACGUAUGUUUCAGAUCGUCGCUGGAUCGAAGAGGAAAUAUUUCGAUGUAAAUUUGAAGUCAGGUUUUCUCUACGUCAUUGAAAGAAUAGACAGAGAAGAGCUCUGUGCCAAAGCGGCAAAAUGUACAAUAAACGUCGAGGCUGUGAUAAAUAAUCCACUGAAACUUUACCGUAUUGAAGUGAAUAUUCUCGAUGUAAAUGAUAAUCCGCCGUCUUUCAGUGCAAAAUCUCAAACUAUUGACAUCGCAGAGAGCGUAUUACCGGGAGCUGCAUUCCCUGUGCUGUCGGCCUACGAUGCCGAUGUCGGGAAAAAUAGUAUUAACACAUACAAGCUGAAUGCCAAUGAAUAUUUUUCUUUAGUGGUGCACAGAGGAGAGACUGUGUCAGCCGAGUUGGUUCUGCAGAAAUCAUUAGACCGAGAGAAGCGCGCUUUGAUUAAACUCACGCUGACCGCUGUAGAUGGAGGAACACCUCCGAAAUCAGGCACAUCAGAAAUAUUAAUUAAUGUUCUUGACAACAAUGAUAAUAUCCCAGUCUUUAGCAAAACUCUUUACAAAACAAGUAUCACAGAAAAUGCAGCACUUGGCACUACAGUAGUGGCAGUGACUGCUACUGAUGCGGAUGAAGGUCCAAACAAAGACAUCGUGUAUUUACUGAAUUCGAAAGAUCAAGACCGUGUCUUGGACAUUUUUGAAAUCGAUUCUCAAACGGGGAUAAUAACAGUUAAAGGAAAGAUUGACUUUGAAGCAAAUCCUGCCUUUGAGAUCCGCGUGCAGGCUGCGGACAAAGGUCAGCCUCCUUUAACAGCUCAGUGUAAAGUGCUCGUGGAGGUGGUGGACGUGAACGACAAUGCCCCUGACGUCACGGUGACAUCACUGCUCAGUACAGUGAGGGAGGAUGUUGAGCUUGGUACAGCCAUUGCACUUGUUUCGGUUCUUGACAGAGAUGGGGGUAAAAAUGGUGAAGUGAAAUGUGAAAUAUUGAAUGCGGUCCCCUUCAAAUUAGAGACAAACUACAAAAACUAUUAUUCUUUAGUUAUCGCCGGAGCUCUAGAUAGAGAACUUGUUUCCCACUACACUAUUACUAUUAAAGCCACAGAUGAAGGCAGUCCCCCUCUCUCUAACACAAGUGUGGUUAUUGUUCAGGUUUCUGAUGUCAAUGACAACACACCUCGGUUUUCAGAGAGUGUGAUAAAUAUGUAUGUGGGAGAAAACAGUCCAGUUGGCACCGUUUUGAAAGCAGUAUCUGCAACUGAUGCUGACAUAAGUGAAAAUGGUCGGGUGAGCUACACAUUAGUCAGUGACAACAAUAAAGUGUUGUUGUCCACUAUGAUUAAUAUCAACUCAGAGACAGGAGAUAUAAUCAGUCUGCAGUCGUUUAACUUCGAGGAGUUAAAAACGUUUCAGUUUAAAGUUCAGGCCACAGAC